UAUGAAUUCAAGAAAAUCAUCUACCUCAACUCUGGAUUCAGAAAAAACUUCACCAAGGUUAUAGAACAUUAGAUUGAAACCUAUUAAAUUUAUUGGCUCUGAUUUUAUGAAUAAUUUGUUUAAAAAACCUAAAGAAUAAGAGAUUGUCCCAAUAGAAGUAAAUUCAGAUUCAGAUUCAUCUGGCUCAGAACAUGAUGUGUUUGAUAAUGAUGAGAUAUUGCUUAAGGGAAUUCAUCUUGGAGAUUAUGAUAAAUUAUCUCCCACUGAUUAAUUACAGAUGCUCUAUAAAAUACGCUUUGAGACUUAUCCAAAAAGAAGAGAAUAUAUCUCUGAGGAAGAAUUAGCUAAUGAAACUCAAAAAUUAGUCAAUAAGAUAAAGCUACAUUUCUAUAAAUUCAAAAAAAUUUUGCCUUUAUAAAAUUUGCCAGAUUUUACACAAAUAUAUGAUAUAAACCAAGAUUAAAAUUAUGAUUAAUUUUGGGAUUAUUAUAGAAACCGAAAUAAUCAUAGGAAGCAUAAACAAAUAAUUUGCCAUCAAAAGAAAAAGAGUGAACCUAGCAAUCCUGUUCUAAGAUCUAAUAGUAGAAUUCGUACUGAUUGUAGAAUCAGAACUUUAGCUCACAAAAGAUGAUU